GGAUAUAAAAAGCCUUCCCAGGUCCCAAAUUAUUCUCUCUCGGCCCAUCUCCAGCUUUUGAUUCGGGAUCUGUGUUUCUAAACCUACUGUCGCCGCCAUGGCUUCCGACGUCAAAGUCACUCUUUACUGGCUGGAAAAAUCCCGAGCGCAUCGCAUUCUCUGGCUUCUAGAAGAGCUCAACGUACCAUAUGAAGUGAAAACGUUCCAGCGCGGGGCCGACAUGCUCGCUCCACCGGAGCUCAAGGAGAUUCAUCCUCUCGGUAAAUCCCCCGUCAUCGCCAUUGAGUCUCCGGGCGCCUCGAAGCCGCUGGUUCUUGCGGAGUCGGGUUUGAUCGUCGAGUACCUCUGCGAUCACUUUGGAGGAGAGAGGCUCAUCCCGACCCGGUAUUCAAAGGGCAAGGAGGGCCAAGUGGGUGGCGAGACGGAGGAGUGGAUGCGAUAUCGGUAUUAUAUGCAUUUCUCUGAAGGAAGCUUGAUGCCGUUCUUGGUCAUGAAGCUGCUUAUGGAUUCCCUCAAAAACGCGCCUAUUCCGUUCUUUUUGAAAUUCAUCCCCCAGAUGGUGGCAAACCAGGUUGAAGCCCAAUUCCUCAACCGCAACAUCACUACCACCCUGGAAUUUCUCGAGGGCCAGCUCGAAACUAGCCCGGAAGGUGGCCCGUUUUUCUGCGGUAGCAAGGUGACGGCUGCCGAUAUCAUGAUGAGCUUCCCGUUGAUUGCAGCCCACGCAAGAAUGCCGCUGCAGGGCCAGUACCCAAUGCUGGCGCGGUUUGUAGAGAAUGUCGAACAGGAAGAGGGUUACAAGAGAGCCAAUGCGAAGAUUGAGCAGAUCGAUGGGAAAUUCCAAGCUUCUUUGUGAUUGUACUGCAGAUAUCCCAAGUUCUCUGGUGAUAACCAAAAUUCAAAAGUGUUUUGAUGCUACCAU